AUGAACAUUGGGCCAGUGCAGAGUUUUCGGUUGUUUGGUGAGAUGUUUGGUGGGUUGGCAAAUGUUGGUGCAACAAGUUUGGAAUUUCGGAAUAUUAAAAGGGAUGUGGACGCAUUUUCUGCUGGGGUUGAUGCUCAGAUGAUUACAAACAGGUAUGAUAUGGUGUUUACACCAUUUACUGGUGUUAAUAACCAUAAAAAGUCUAUUACUUUUGGGGCUGGGUUGUUGACAAAAGAGAAUAUUGAGUCAUAUGUGUGGUUGUUUGAGAAAUUUAAGGAAGCGAUGGGUAGUGAGCCAGUAUUGGUUGUUACUGAUCAAGAUGCAGCAAUGAGGGUUGCAUUUCCACGUGUGUUCAAGGAAGCUAAACAUAGGUUUUACAUGUGGCACAUUAUGUCUAAGGUAGGAGAUAAGGUUGGCCCUUCAUUGAGUAAAAAUGAGACUUUUAGGUCAAAGUUGAAUUCUGUUGUAUGGAGUCAUUAUUUGGAACCAGCUGAAUUUGAUUAUCAAUGGAAUGUUGUCAUGGAGGAGUUUGGGUUGUUGGAGCAUAGUUGGUUUGUCAAGAUGUAUGAUCUUCAUCAUCUUUGGAUUCUUGCAUACUUUAGUGAUGUUAGUAUGAAUGGUUUAAUUAGGACUACUUCCCGGUCGGAGAGUGAGAAUAGUUUGUUUGGUUCUUUUACUACUCCUCAGUCCAACCUGGUUGAAUUUUUUAUGCAUUUUGAUCGUGCGAUUGAUAGUCAACGCUAUUCUAUUAAUAAACUCAACAGUGACUCGGAGGCAUGCUUUCCAGAUUUGAAGACACCACUGUCUAUGGAGAAACAUGCUGCAUAUGUGUAUACUCUUACAGUUUUUUAUUUGGUGCAAGCUGAGAUUUGUGCAGCAUGUUUUAGCUGUCGAGUUCUAAAUGUUCGGGAUGACCAAGGGGUCUUGCAUAUUUUUGUAGUUUUCAAAGAUUUGAACUUGGAUUCAAUUCCAUUGGUCUAUGUAGUUAACCGGUGGACCAAGAGUGCAUCAUUGGGUCAAACUUUUGAUAUUGAUGGUGUUGUUGUUGAUCAAUGUGGAGGUGUUGAUGAGAAGUUGGUGAUAUUGAGAAAUGUGUGGUUAGAUAUUCAAUGCUGUGUUAGUAUGGUUCAGUCUGACAUUGAUCAUUUGAAAGUGUUUUCCCAGAUCAUUAAGGACCACAAGGAUAUGCUUUUGGAUGAUAAGGGUGGCUGUUCUUCUACUGUUGAUAAGAGGUCAGUCAUCGAGUCAAUAUGUGGUUCUUCAGUCCCUUCCAAAGUUUCCAUUCUUCCACCAAACAAAGCAAAGAACAAGGGUAGUGGUAGGCGCAUUAAAGGUUGCAAGGAGAUUGCCAUUGAACAAAGUAAGAAGGAGAGGACUUGCAAGACUUGCAACAAACCUAAUCAUGAUAGUAGGAAUUGUGUAUUGAGGAAAACGAAGGAUAAGGUGUGCAGUUUAUAG